AUGGCAAAGUCGUCCUCGCCACCACUAGCCGCCAUUGGGAGCUGCUCGUUCGGCGUCGGGAUGAAGCUCUUGCCGCCCAAUCCAGGGAUGAAACUGUCAUCCGCACCACCACCAAGGAAACUGGCGUUCAUCGGAUCGAACGCACCCCUAUCACCACCUCCUGCGGUGGUCGAAUCACCCAACCUGGCCCUCUGCCAAAACCUCGUCAUGUGA